UACAGCAACCUAGCAAGAGAAACUAUCAGCUAAAGCAUGAAUGCAGGCUGGUUACAGCGACUGGCAUAAUCUAUUCUGCUCGACACAUUAUCAGGACAGUGUAUACGUUUCUUUUUUUUUGCUGGUCUGAGGUGGAUUGCAUUACCUGACAAGCUCGAUAUGUAAUAUAACAUAUAAAUUAAACUAAUACGCAGUUAGUGUAAAGCUAAGCCCACGGGUAUUCUACUCUUGAUUUUUUUUAAAGAUGUCUAUAUACAUUUCCCCCCUCGCAAACCCAAAAGGAAUUAACAAACUGUGCGAGCUUUGUAACCAGCCUGCUCGCCUCCAGUGCAAAAACUGCCGAGUCACCUUCUACUGUAAUGUGACUCACCAGCAGGCAGAUUGGAACAGCAUCCAUGAGAAAGUGUGUGAGCUGCUGAUCACUGUACGAACCCCUCUAUCAUUCUGCUGUUUCCAGGCUGACAGAGAAUUCCAUCAUAUACAGAAUCUAAAACGACUGGAGCACAUAACAGAGCUCUCCCAUGCUGCUGCUAAGAGCUGGAUGUUGCAAGGAAAGUACAGCGAGGCAAUGCCAGCAGCUCAGCUUUCCCUGCGCUGUGCUAUUGACAUUUACGGCCCGGAUGUUGUUGAACUAGUGCCAGCCUACUUGCUGCUUGCUGAAGCCAGUAUAGGUUUAGGUUCUCUGUCUCAGGCUAAAAACUAUCUCUCACAGGCAGAAUGGAUGGUAAAGAAAAAUCCGGGCUGCAGUCGGACAUUUCUUCAUCUGUUCCACAGAGCCCUGGGCCGCCUGUACUUGGCGACAGGUGACUACAGAUGUGCCCUGUUGCACUUCGCCAACGAUGUGUACUAUGCAAGUGAAGAGUUUGGUGUCGACAGUGUUGUCACGGCUGGAGGCUAUUUCUUGAUCGCAGAUGUGUUCAUGAAACAAGGGAAGACUGAUAUUACACACUCACUCUACACAGAGGUUGCCAGCAUAUGGCAUACACACCUGUCCAAGAUGAUGGAGUUUUACAAUCAGGAGGACCAGAAGGGAGAACAGUAUUUUGAUUCGGCACAGUGUGCAGAGGUGAAUCGGAUGUUGAGUGUAAUGUUGGAGGCUCAGCAGCAGGAUGUAAAUGCACAUCCUGCUUGUGGCACUGCACUGUCGUACUCUCUAGGUCAGAAGGCAUUGGUGUCUCACUCUCUCGCCAUGCUCUGGUUCCUCUGCAAUGACCACAUGAAGGCGCUGGAUUUUGGCAAGAAGGCCGCAGAGUUUAGCCAACGUUGCGAACACAACAAUCUGGCAGAGUCCAUCCAGAGUCUCAUACAACAAGCAGAAACACACCUCAACGCAGAACAAACAGCCAUCAUUCACCACUAACUAAUACAUUCCACACUUGUAUACCAACACGCACUUAUUAAUAACAAGUACAAUCAGCACUUAACACACACUAAUGACUAAUCAUAAGGCACCUAACCCUCAUAGAUUCACCACUUACUCAUAAGCUUAGUCUAAGAGAAAGUGCAUAGCACUCGCACACUAAGUGACACAACUAAAAAUAAAAACAACUGUUUAGCAGGACAAUUAUGUGUCUGUAA